AAACUCGUCAUCAUUGGAAGCGGUCCCGCAGCCUAUACAGCUGCCAUUUAUGCAGCGCGUGCGAAUCUGCAGCCUGUCGUCUACGAGGGGUUUUAUUCAGGUCCUCCAGGAGGACAGCUCAUGACGACGACAGAGGUUGAAAAUUUCCCCGGAUUCCCUGAAGGGAUUAUGGGCCCCGAUCUGAUGGGACUAUUUCGGAAGCAGGCCGAGAGGUUUGGGACUCAAAUUAUCGGAGAGGAUAUCACAUCUGUCGAUGUCUCAGAGCGACCUUUCAAGAUCGAGUCGUCCUCGGGCGUUGUGAUGGCAGAAGCGAUCAUCGUUGCAACGGGAGCUGUCGCAAAGAGGCUCUCUGUACCAGGAACAGCAGAUCACGAGUUUUGGCAAAAAGGGGUGACCGCCUGUGCUGUUUGCGAUGGGGCAAUCCCGAUUUUCCGAGAGAAACACCUCUUUGUGAUUGGAGGCGGAGAUACGGCGAUCGAAGAGGCUCUCUUCUUAACCAAAUUCGGUAGUAAAAUUUUUAUCGUUCAUCGCCGGGAUGAGCUCCGCGCUUCAAAGAUCAUGGCCCAGCGUGCUCUUAACCACCCCAAAAUUGAGAUGAUCUGGAACCAUGUGCUCACGAGGGUUGAAGGAGAUACGGUUGUCCGCUCGGUCACGCUGCAAAAUGUCAAUACAAUGGAGGAGACAAAGCACACAGCAGGAGGUCUCUUUUUUGCCAUUGGGCAUGAACCCAAUACCUCCUUCUUGAACGGAAAAAUCGAGCUUGAGUCGAACGGCUAUAUCAAGGUUUUUAAAGGGACCUCGACGAGUGUUGAGGGUAUUUUUGCCGCAGGGGAUGUCCAAGACCACAUCUAUCGACAAGCGAUUACAGCGGCCGGUAGUGGAUGUAUGGCGGCACUCGAUGUCGAACGGUGGCUGGCUUUGCAAGAGUCUGCCCAU